AUGAAGAGAAGAGCGGAACGUGACUUAGAGAGCAGCGCUCUUAGUAAACAGAAGAAACGUAUUGAAGAAUUGGGCCUCAAUCUAAGCUCCACCUCCGAUGAUGACACCCAGUACAGCAAUCAUGGCACCCAGGAGUCUUCCACUAGUGGGACGGCUCAGACAGUGAGAUCGAUGAGAAGAGACCUGUGUUUGGGUCGGGGGAUAAAGAAACAAUGGACCCCCUGGCAGAAGGCACAUCAUCCCGCUACUCCAUGUUUAACAGCGUCUCCCCAGAAACUCAUGGCGAAGAUGGGUUUUCGGGAAGGCGAGGGUUUGGGGAAGUUCGGCCAGGGCCGAAAGGAGAUUGUCGAAGCUUCCAAGCAGAAAGGGCGGAGAGGUCUCGGAUUGAUCUUAAAAGGGUUCGAGAAGGAUCUGGAUGUGGACUGGAGGAAUCAGCCUGAGCCAACAGCCUACGAAGAAGUCGAUUGGUUCCCAGAAUGUACUACAGAGAUUCCAGAUUCUGAUGAGCUGUCUGACUGGGUGACAGUGGGCAAGAGGAAAAUAAUCAUAGAUGAUGAGACGGAAUUCUGCAGAGAACAGCUGCUGGAAAACCUGUUGGAGUGUAAGAGUGCAUUUGAUGAGCUGGAGGGUGAGGAGAUGCGGAGGGCCAGGACUCGCUCCAAUCCGUAUGAGAUGAUCCGAGGGGUCUUCUUCCUUAACAGGGCAGCUAUGAAGAUGGCAAAUAUCGACCACGUGUUUGAUUACAUGUUCACCAAUCCUAAGGAUUCUCAGGGGAAGUCGCUGGUUAGAGAUAAGGAAUCGGAGUUGUUGUACUUCGCAGACGUUUGCGCUGGGCCAGGCGGCUUCUCCGAAUACGUGUUGUGGAGGAAGAAAUGGCACGCCAAAGGGUUCGGCAUGACCCUGAAAGGACCGAACGACUUCAAACUAGAAGACUUUUACGCCGCACCCAGCGAACUGUUUGAACCGUAUUAUGGUGAAGGAGGAGUGGAUGGUGAUGGAGAUAUCACCCGCCUAGAGAACAUCUCUGCUUUCCGGAACUUUGUCUUAGACAAUACAGACCACAAAGGUGUCCACUUCAUGAUGGCCGAUGGGGGGUUCUCGGUGGAGGGUCAGGAAAACAUUCAGGAAAUUCUCAGCAAGCAGCUUCUCCUCUGUCAGUUCCUUGUAGGACUGUCUGUGGUCCGGACCGGGGGACAUUUCAUCUGUAAGACCUUUGACCUGUUCACCCCCAUUCAGCGUGGGCCUGGUUUACUUGCUGUACUGCUGCUUUGAACGGGUCAGCCUCUUCAAGCCAGUGACCAGCCGGCCAGCUAAUUCCGAGCGGUAUAUUGUAGGACGCGGCUUGAAGGCGGGCAUAGACGACGUGCGCCAGUACCUGUUUUCAGUAAACCUGCGCCUCAACAGUCUGCGCAACACUGAUCAGGAUGUCAACCUGGUGGUACCCUUGGAGGUGUUAAGAGGGGACCGGCAGUUUCAUGAGUACAUGGUCCGCUCUAAUGAGAGAUAUUGUGAGGUGCAGAUCAAAGCUCUGGCCAAAAUCCACGGCUUUGUCCAAGACACGACGCUGAGUGAGCCCCGCCAGGCGGACAUCCGGAAAGAGUGCCUGAAGCUCUGGGGGAUUCCUGACCAGGCUCGUGUGGCUCCAACCAACACCGACGCAAAGAACAAGUUCUUCCAGCUGAUUCAGAGCCGUGACAUUGACGUUUAUAGCUACAAACCGACUCCCCUCACAUCGAAGACACUGGAGAAGAUUAGUCAUGUGAUGGAUUAUCGGUGUAUGGUGUCCGGGAGUGAGCACAGGUUCCUCUUAUGUUUAGGGAGAUCCCAGAUAUACACCUGGGGUGGGCGGCCUGCAGAACGGUGGACUAAAUUAGAUCUGAAAACCGAACUUCCACGAGACACUCUGCUGUCUGUAGAGAUUGUUCACGAGCUGAAGGGGGAGGGGAAAGCUCAGAGAAAGAUCAGUGCCAUUCAUAUCCUCGAUGCUCUGUUUCUCAAUGGCAUGGACAUUCGACCUCAACACUUCAAUCAGAGGAUUCAGCUGGCAGAGAAGUUUGUAAAGGCCGUUUCUAAGCCCAGCCGCCCCGACAUGAACCCCAUCCGGGUGAAGGAGGUGUACAGGUUAGAGGAAAUACAGAAGAUAUUUUUUGAGGCUGGAAAUGAAGCUCAUUAAGAGUUCCAGCGGGAUGUUACGUCUGUCCUACACCAGCAGAGACGACCGUCACUUCGUACCGUCUGGUCUGUAUAUUGUGAAGACUGUGAAUGAUCCCUGGACGAUGGCUUUUAGCAAGAGCCACAAUCACAAAUAUUUCUACAAUCUGAAGACACACAGAAGUCCCAAUUCGAAGUACCUGUGGAGUCCAUCGCACCAUUUCAUGUCUGUUUCUCGGAGCGGCUGUUUUGGGAGUGGGGAGAAGGCGUCCAGAUUCACGACUCUCAGAAGCAGGACCCCGGCACGGACAAGCUCUCUAGAGACGCCGUUCUGGACUUCAUUCGCACACACCAGCCUGGCUCCUCGGGGGGCAGAGAGGAGAGGUA